AUGCAUAUGGCCAACUGUAUGUCUCCUUUCCUUCAAGUGGACCUCGAAGAGAACGAGGGAGAUUUCUUCUCCGGAGGAGGCGGCGGUGGCGGUGGCGGUGGCGGUGGCGGUGGCAGUAGCUCCUCCGCUCCCCCUGCCAUCGUUGUUCCAACUGGGCCAGCGUCUAAUCACUCUACUCCCAUUAUACCGACAGACCAACCGCAAGCCCAGAGGCCCAGCGCGCCUCCAGCCGCCGGCCCCAUGGCCCAGCCCACGCCGCCUCCUACCAAAGGCUCUGAAACCCCAAGCCCCGUGCCUCACCCAGUGCCCCCUCCUACCCAACGCUCUCGAGCCCCAGCUCCACCGGCCAGACCCACGCCCCCUACUACCCGACGCUCUCGAGCCCCACCUCCAGCGGCCAAACCCAGAACCCCACCUCCUCAAAGCUCUCGAGCCCCAGCUCCAGCGGCCAAACCCACGCCCUCUCCUACCAAACGCCCUCCAGCCCCAGCUCCAGCGGCCAAACCCACGCCCUCUCCUACCAAAAGCCCUUCAGCCCCAGCUCCAGUUACCAAACCCAAAACCCCACCUCCUCAAAGCUCUCGAGCCCCAGCUCCAGCGGCCAAACCCACGCCCUCUCCUACCAAACGCCCUCCAGCCCCAGCUCCAGUGGCCAAACCUACGCGCCCUCCUCCUCAAAGCUCUCGAGCCCCUUCUCCAGGAGCCAAACCCAAAACCCCUCCUCCUCAAAGCUCUCGAGCCCCAGCUCCAGCGGCCAAACCCACGCCCUCUCCUACCAAACGCCCUCCAGCCCCAGCUCCAGCGGCCAAACCCACGCCCUCUCCUACCAAACGCCCUCCAGCCCCAGCUCCAGCGGCCAAACCCACGCCCUCUCCUACCAAACGCCCUCCAGCCCCAGCUCCAGCGGCCAAACCCACGCCCUCUCCUACCAAACGCCCUCCAGCCCCAGCUCCAGCGGCCAAACCCACGCCCUCUCCUACCAAACGCCCUCCAGCCCCAACUCCAGUGGCCAAACCCACGCCACAUAACGCCACGACGCCUAGUUCUACCACCACAACCACGCCUGCUCCUCUCAUGUGCUCGGUGUCUGAGACGGCCACGCUGGCCAUACAGUACCCGGACGACAGCCUGUGUGACAUCCUCAUGUACACACACGUUCACGCCGUAGACAACCAGGUUAUGGCGGUCGACGACAUGGCAAGCUACGACAUGUUCAUCUCGAUGUGCCGCUCACGAUAUUCAAAGACCACCUGUGGCCUUUCGUUCGACUCACGCUUCAUCACGCCGGCGAAGUUGACGACCGAGCUAUGGAGGGAUGUUGUCACCUUACGGACGUCGAACAUCAUACAUUAUGGCAUCCUCAAUUUGUACGACAAGCCCUUCACGGUCCACGGAUAUGCUGCCAACGCGGAUGAAUUUCUCAAGAAACUAGGCAAGUUUACGGCGAGAACAAAAACAAGAAUUAUUUUGGGAGUAGGCUUCUUUGACUACCACGACGACAAGUCCUGGUUGACAAUAGAGGAAGUGGUGUACGCGGCGGAUCCGAGGGACAUCUUGGUCGUCAUCACCUGUGUCUUGACCGUGCCCAGCUCGAAGGACUGCAUCGCAAUGCCACCUACGGCCUUGAAGAGCACCAGCAAAUAUCCGCCCACAUUCGAAAAAGCUUUGCCGCUGGCCACCAACAAAUUCCAGGUUUCGAGCGAUGUUGUUGUGGCGUUCUCGUUCCAAAUGGCCACCGUCAUCUACAACAUGACGGAAAAAUACACGAAAGCGACCGAUGCCCUCUACAAGAAGUGCAACAGCUUCAUCCUCGGGGACCAAUCGCAAACGUGUGAAAGUCCCGAAACCACGCCGGCCAACGAACUCGUAUCGAUCGGAAUCAACAGUGCUCAAAAGAGAAUGCUGUUUUACUCAUACGACACUGAGCAGACGAUGAAGAGGAAGGCCGAGUACGUCAUGACGGCGAAAAACAGGCGGGCCAAGUUCACGUGGUUCCUGUACAACGUGCACCUCUCGGACAUCUCGAAGAAGUGCUACACCGACGGACCAUUCACGCGCCUCAAGGGAUUCAGAAAGUUUUUCGAUACUAUCAGCAAGCAACCUCCAGUGUGAGGCCCAGCGCUCCCCGUCGUCGACCUCUGAACGAUCACAAGAGCGCCGUAUCGCUGUGGGUUGCUCCACCCGGUGUGAUAUGUGGAGUGUGCCCGGUUCUGGGCAGUAUUUUAUGAACAGAAUUUAGGAAUAUUGCGUGAUUUUUUUGUUUUCUUCCACGGAUUACGGAAGAGUCCAUAUAAGGUAUGGACUAAUUUUACUACCUUAAGCCUGUCCUCAGGCUGGUUAGAUGGGAAGUCAUGCUUGUAGCAUCUACAAAAAUUAUAAAGAACUAACCAAAUUUGUACCAAUCUGAGUAAGAUGCAACAAAGACACCGAAGCUGGGUAUGUCAGCUUUCGCAUCCUUUGGCGGAAGUGCUAGGGGUGUGUUUCCUCCCUGUUGUUUGUGAUGAUUUAUUGCCGACGCCUUGGUUAUGCGGCCGAACCGGGGCUCCGAGGCCAGCUGCGUUGCUGAACCGCGAGUUGGGACCAUUCACCGCCACAGCCCUAGAAACUCCUAGCUGAGCUCCAACGUGCCGCGAGUAAAAUGUGACACGCGAAGUAAAAUGGCGGACUCCUCGCUAAAAAAAGUGCCCGCAAUUAAGUCGUCUGUUUAUGUGAGGUAUACGUUUACGUUAGGUAAACGUUUACUUUUAGGGCGUUAUCAAUAAAGAAUUAUCGACUCUGACGCAGGUGGCUGUCCAGUGCUGUUUUUUAUUUGAUACCGAGCACGCCGUCUUCCCCAGAAAACUGUUGAAAAUCCGAAGCUCAACUGUUUCGUUUUAUUAAAGAAAGUAAUAGACAUGCCAUCACCGAUGUGGCGAUGGGGCACUCUACCGAGCCUAAAUAUCGGCAAACUUACGGUGUUUGUACGAUGCAUAAAGCUUUCGAAGUUGCCGGCACUUCUUUUCAAUGCUUAUUCGUAUCGAAAAAAAUACGUAAAUUACUUCGCACAUCUAAGCAAAUCCGAGAAAAUCGUACACCAAAGGUAGCGAAGCUGCAUAUAAGUGAGUCCUGGCAGCUUUCGGAAGCCCUAGAUGCGUGACUACACGAAAUUGACUUAGAUAUUUGCGGAAGCUGCACUUUAUUUGGAUUUUUUGCGGACGCUACACCAUAUCUGAUGCAAGAGCUUGGCUAUAACAGAAGCAUCUUCAUGAUUUAUUAUAUCCGUACUGAGUUGCUUUGUACUCUAAUACAUGUGUAAUCUUUGUACUUCGUA